AAGCUGCUCUUCUUCUGUUUCUCUACCACGACCACACAAGACAAUACACGACAAAACACGACACUGCAGCUACGCCAGGAGCUUUGUAGAAGCGGACACGAAGCACAACUGGUAGCGAGCGACAAUUUUCACGAUGUCGGACACAGAACACGCGCCUGCCGUCGCCGUCGACGGGGCACCCGCCGAUGCCGCCAACGACAAUAAUACCACCACCGCGACCGCGGCCUCGCCUCCAAGCGCUGCCUCUCCUCCUGCCACCGCGGCCUCCCCUGCCCCCCGCUACGACGACGACGGUGACGACAGUCAACUGUCCGACCUUGACGAUGAGAUCUUCGCCGACUACAACGAACCCGGCGGCAGUCGCGCGGUCGACGAGUCGAUCCCAAUAGAUGAGGACACGAUCGUGAAUUUGGGAAAGUUCAAGAAGAAGAAGGGCUCAAUGGGUGAGGUCAAGGAAAAGAAGCGGCGUCGCCGGGAUAAGGCGGUGAGAAUGGACGAUGAGCCCGACUUGGAGCAGCCGGUGGCGGAGAUUGAGCUCACAGAGGAGGAGAAGCGCAGGAGGGAUCUCGAUCGUAAGAUGGACGAAGCUCUCAAGGGUCCCAAGAAGAAGAAGAGAAGAAAGAACGACCACGACCUCGAGCGUAUGGACGAUGAGACGGUGGAGAACCUACGCCUCGCGAUGCUCGAAGCCGCCAAAUGCGACACUGAGGCAGUCGAUAAUAACCUUCCGGCUACCCACAAGCUGGCCAUGGUCGACGAGGUCCGCGAUCUGCUCGGACGUCAGACGCUCCUGUCCGUCGCAGUCGACUGCGGCAUUCUGAAGGGAAUUCGCCGCUGGCUUGAACCCCUGCCGAACAAAUCGCUCCCCGCGUACAAUGUACAGAAGUUGAUGUUUGAGAUCUUGGCGAAGUUGAAGCCGGAUUUCACACAUCUCCAGGAGAGUGGAAUUGGGAAGAUCGUCAUGUUCUAUACCAAGGACGCGAGGCCGGAGAGACACAUCAAGCGUGAGGCGGAGAAGCUGGUUAGAGAUUGGUCUCGACCCAUUCUGGGACGCAGCGACGACUAUCGCUCUCGGGAGGUCCCCAAAGCCGGCGACUCUCGUCCUAUGCCUUCUAGCCAACCUCGCAAGAACAGCGCCGACGACACCAACAACGCUCGCGCAGCCCUUGCAGCUCCGAAGAAGAAUACCGGACGCGCCACGGUCAUGAUGCCGUCCAGCCAGAGCUACGAGAUCGCGCCGAAGGAUCGUGUCGUGAGUGGCUCGCGGACUUUUGCGAAGCCCAUGAACGCCCAGGGCGAGGCCUUCAUCAGGAAGAUGAAGGCGAAGAAGGCGAAGGCUCAGAGGUAGUGGGCAGGGUCGGAUGGGAUGGGGAUUUUUUUGUUUUUGUUUUUGUUUUUGCUUUCUUUCUGAAGUUGAUCACUCGCAAUCUGUGUGAUCGGAUGGGAAUGGGGAUUUUUUUCUCUUUACUUUCUUUUUGAUGUG